CAGCAUCGUUUAGGGAUUUUCGAGAAGGCGCGAUGAUGGCGCCGAGCGACGCCGUGGCGUGUGUGUUCGUCCUCGGCGUAAUUGUUCUCUGGACCGCGCGUUGUUCAACAUUGCUCAUGUGAUUGUGCGUGCGUUGCUUGUGUGUUGGUUGUAGGUUCUGUGUUACUUGGCGGAAAGCCGCGAGUAGUGGCGGUGCGGCAGUGCGGCUUUGGCCUCGGUGAGCUCUGGCAGUACAGAGUCUGCGUUGUGUGACCAGUGCUUUCUUGAGAACCCGGCGGUGGUGACGAUUGAAAUAUCGAAGUGGCCUAGCGUCUCGGCAGCAAAGUUCUGCGAACCGCAAUGUGGCGUCGCCGUGUCCGACUUUGCUUAACGGACAUCGAGGGAUGUGCUGCUCGCUGCAAGUUAUGUAAAUGCAACUGCGUCGACCGCCCACUGUUGAGCGCUGAAUGUGUGUUUGGUGUGCUGUGCUUGAAACGAGUGGUGCAGACGUGCAGCGGGGGUGGCGGAGGAGCAGAGUGGCUUAGGGGCUCCGUUUGCGCGUUCACAGAUAUGUGCUCCCGUCUUGGUCUCAUUAGCGGCUGUCGCGGGAUUGUGGUGUGCUAGCUCCUUGCCUAGUAUGAAGUUUACGACGCUAACACACAGCAUGUUCAGUGGCGUAGCUAGGUCGUCUGGUACCCGGGGCCCAUAGGUCUUCUGUCACCCCCCUCCCCGGGUGUAGCCAGCGGUAAGAGGGGUAUUCAGACGGAUAUGACACCCCCCCCCCCCCCCCCAGACUGGCCCCUUGCACCCGGGGCCCACGGCCCCCCGGCCCCCCCUGUUGCUACGCCACUGAGCAUGUUCACGUUUUUCCGCGCUAUAUAUCAUUUGCAUGACGGCCGAGUUGAAAACAAGACAUACGUCUGUGUUCUUUGCGUUUGUGUGUUGUAAAUUACGUUCUAUUGUGGAAGUUCUGGGAGUCUUAUUACGCAAGGAGUGCGAACGUAAACAUAAACAGAUAUGUGUGUCUGAAAUUUUGAAUGACCCAUAAUACCCUUUACGACUGAUAAGUGAGUUACACGGCCUGUGUGAAUCAGCUACCGUAUGUUGCGACGCUCUUCCGUGUGGUAGACAUGCAUGGUGCGCGUUUAUUUCUGUACUGUUGUAAAAACCAUUUCUUUAUUCACUCAAUACAAAUGGACGGCUUCUUCGCCGCAGUACAUUUUAGUUACGCGGUGAAGCAUACUAAAAAUGGGAGGGGGCCGCCGUCAGCCAGCAUAGUAUGUCCACUUAGGCGACCUGAGAGGCGGCGGGUGCGCGAGUGUAUGAUUAAAGAACUCUUAUUAUGUCCAGUGACAGUGGCCCCUUUUCACUUUUAGUAUGCUUCACCGCAGUACAUUGCUUAAGCUUCACCGCGAAAUAUUAGCGUAUUGCGAGAAAGAUAAUCCUAAAAAGCCUAAUUAUGCAAAGUUUCUUUUGUGGCUUGCUACACCGCAAUACAGGGGUGUAAAUAAGCAUCGUGCAGUAAAGCAUACUAAGAGUGGAAAGGGCACAUAGGUUUACACCGUGCUCAUUAUUUUCAAUUGUGACAUAAUUUGCAAGUGCAUCUAUGCUUGUGGUAAGCUUCAUUGACAAUUCUUUGUACAUUACAAAUUCAUAUUGCAGAGAAGCUUACUAAAGCACAUUUGCCAUUAUGGUACGUGUUAUUCACCUUCAAUGCAGGAGCACAAUGUGUAUUCUUGCCCCUGCUUUUGGCUGGACUGCACAUGCUCUGAGAAUUGAUUCAUUGUUCAUAAGUGCACUGGUACUUUACUCUAAACUGGAGGGCUCAAAUUGAUAUGAAAGCACAAUUUUUAUUAAGGGGACAAGAUGAUGCCGAGAUGGUUGCAGCACAACUUUUUUUUUUUCUUCCAGGCACCUUUUCUACUUAAAGUUUCCAUUGCAGUGUUUCGAGCCUCUUUGAACCAGCACAUAGUGUAUAUAAAAAUUGGACACUGAUUGGGAACAUCACCUAAGUUCAUGCCUAUCUAUAGUAAAAAGAAAUAGCACGACCAGACAAAAUAAAAGUAGGGGGUGGGCUGCAGCAAUACUAAGUGUUAAAUGGUGCUUUAUCCUUUCCCUUGAGUUUUCUGUUCUUGUGCUUUUUAUGGAUCCUCCGCAGUAACCAUGCGAGUGCCGAGCUUGAGCUUGUUGGUUUCAAGUCUCAUGGUUGUUACUAACAGAACAGUGUGAUAAACGAACAAGGGCUUGGAGGCAUCCGUUCACCUUGCUUGCCUCAUGGUGCUGCUUCAUAAGCACCGUGAGCAUCGAGGCAAACUAGGAAGGGAGGCUUGUUUCAAUUGCUUCUGAACUGUAUUGCCACCAAACGAACAGUGCUCUCAAUGACAACUUUUUGACAGUAGAAUGCUUGCACCCAGCAAAGUCUAAGAAGGAAGCAUUCAGGAUGUGCGAAGUGGGCCUUUUGAAGCCGGCAUCAUUGCUGAGGGGGCUUUUCCUGUCUGCCCUCUUUAUGGAUACACAGAUGAUUUUCUCUUUGAGAGGGAUUGUUUCAGAUGUCAUUACAUGGCAACAAUGCUGGGUGUAUAGUAGCUUGUCUUUGCUCACUGUCAAUAAUAUGUUCCUUUUUCCAGUGCCCCUGUGGAAAUGCCUACUUUUUGGACACAAAGUGCUCUCCAUGCAUGCAUGCAUUUUUAGCUUGUAAAGACGUCUAUUACCCCUUGCCUCAAGCUGGUCUUUGCUGAUGUCACCCAAGAAGGUAUUGGGGAGUAUGGCAAUGUACACUUACAAAACACUGUUGAUACCAGUGAAACCAAAUUAAUGGAGCUGCUGUUCUUUUUUUGUCCACUCCAUCCUGGUUAGUUACAAUGAGCAAUGUCCGAACAGAAGGCAUAUGUAGUUGGUCGUGCAUAGCCUGCACACUAAGACUUGUUGGCAUGUUAUGACCUUAGCACAGUGUUUAUAUGUAAAAACCUUCUGAUGUGUUGAUGACUUCCUUCUCUUUAUCACACUUUGCCUGAUGGAGCCAGCACUUGGUCAAUUAGAUGUUCAACAGGCUUCCCACUAGUUUUCCCAGCGUCUCCUUUACCAGGGUGCUGCUCAUAGGUAUCUGUUUUCUUGACCUUGCACUGCACUUCAACCAUGGCCACACUUGCUGAACCUAUAGUAUGCGAUCAGAAAAGUGCUAUACAUCACUUUGCACCAAACUUACAUGUGCUACAAGGCCUUGAGGAACACCCUCGUUAAUUUCCGCCCUCAUCAUACUGUAUGAAAUUUGCAUGACAAGUACGACAAUUAACAUCUGCUGGUUUUUCAGUGCUAUGCCUGUCCAGCUUGCUGAAAGCUAUCCGGAGUGUUUCGAAAGCAAGACUGCUGCCAGACAAGAAGUGCAUUAAGCAAGGGUAGCUAUAACCAUAUAUGUCACAGAAAAUGAAGAAGGCCUCUGAGUGUACAGGCGGUUUAAUUCUUGUCCAACAAGCUUGGUUCUCCCAUUUCAAGUGAGUAAACCCAACUUGCCCCAAAGACAUGGCCUGUGACAAACUGUGUGCCAGAUUCUGUGUCCCCUGCAAAGCUGAAGAUGUGUACAAGAUCCUGACACCCUGCAGUGGCUUCUACACUGGGCUACUAUAAAAACAACUGCCUUUACCAAUAUGCAAAUAACAUGAAAACGUGCAGAAAUUUGGCUAUUCAUUGGACCCAACUGCAGGUGCAAGCCACUCUUCCACCAGAUGUGUGUUGUUCACAGAAACUGGAGCUAUACAAAUGCAGAUAAAAACAAUGAUGUUUGAAAGUAGUAGAGUUGAACUAUAUUCUGCACAAGCAGUGCUACCUGCAGUGCUGGUACCUUAUAGCCACAAUUCAUGGCUGCACUAUUCUUGAAUUAUUAGCUUCUAUUAUAUUUAUGGUGGCCAUAUAUUGCAAAUACUUAUCAUCCACAUUGUGUGCAAUAUGGUUAAAUGUCAAUUAUGAUAGCCAUUCCUAAUCUGAAAUGCAACAAAAGAGCAAAUUUAGGCAACAAAUUGCAAUUCAAAGAGACAAAAGACAACCAGUGCACAGGUUAAGUGACAGACUUCCUUUUAUUGAAAUGUCGCAUGUGUCAUGCCACCAGCAGUGGGUAGCAAUCUUUCAAGCUUUGGUGUGACGCUGUAAAACGACCUUGGACACAAAAAACAGACACCAUAUUGUACAGAAUGAAAGGGCAAGACUCCAUCUAAGAACAGUCUAUGGCACCACAAACUUGACAUGGUGUAAAAAGUGUUGACAUGCCCUGCCCAUAAAGACAAAGCAACAAACGCAGAAAACACGCCUUAAAAUGCAAUGUGCAGAGUCUGAAACCAAGAAAAAACAACCCGAAAAAGGUUUCGCCAAGUCUUUCAACGAUUAAAAUUGUCAAACUGUCUCAUCAGUUCUUACCUUGGGAAAGGGCCCUAUGCUGAACUGGAUCAAAGACUACCUUACUUACCGCACUCAAUUUGUAGAAGUCAACCAGCAAUAUUCCAUGAAAUCUAGCAUAAUAUCCGGAGUUCCACAAGGAAGUGUUCUGGCUCCAGUUUUAUUUCUCAUAUACAUUAAUGAUCUGCCUUCUAAUAUUCCAGUCAACGUUAGACUUUUUGCCGACGAUUGUGUUCUAUAUCAGGUAAUCAAUUCUCAUAAUGACCAUGUGGCCUUGAACGACGCUUUGUUACUUGUGUACAAAUGGUGUAACGAAUGGCAAAUGACUUUAAAUAUUAAGAAAUCAGCUAUUUUAUCAAUUACUAGAAAAAAGCUCGCAUCAGAAUUUAACUACACUAUAAAUAACGCCACACUUAACAAAGUAAAGGAGUACAAGUACCUUGGCUUAACAUUAACACACGAUUUCAGAUGGGAGCGCCAUGUUAACAACGUUGCCUCGACCGCACAAAAAAAUUGUUUUUCCUGAACAGACGUCUUAGACUAGCACCCCCAAACACAAAACUACUAGCAUAUAACACAUUUGUCAGAUCUGUAUUAGAGUAUGCUAACGUUGUUUGGUUUCCUUUCACCAAAGAACUCAUUAACAAACUAGAAGCAAUUCAAAGGAAGGCACUAAGAUAUAUUUACAACAAACAUAGGUUAACAGACUCACCCACAGAAUUGCUAAAACAGGCCGGUAUACUGACCUUACAAAAACGAGCCAAGCUUGCACGAUUAAAAUUUAUGUAUCAACUUAUUCAUAAUGAAUUGAAAAUAGACAGUUCCAAAUACUUAUCUUUAGCACAAACACGACUCACCCGACAUAAACAUUCACUAUCAUUAAACGAACACUCAUUUCAUACGAAAAGCCAUAAGCAUUCGUUUUUCCCUUUAAUGACACGUGAAUGGAAUAAGCUGGACCCUAGUAUUACAGGCAGCCCAUCGUUUACUUUUUUGACAUUAGCCAAAAAUGAAUUGCGUGCUUCACAAUUAUGAUGUACCUGUGUCACCAUCUAUUUUUGUGCCAUUUUAUUUCAUUAGAUUGUGUACAUAAUCACAAUUUCUUUAACGACACCUUAAUCGUAUCUUAUGGAUUACUACCUCUUGUGUAUACCUCACUUUUAUAACUUGUAUUACUUGCCAUUACUGAGUACUAUUGUUUAUUUACGCAAAUUUACUUCUUUUCCUGUUGUAAUUAUUGCUUACCACCAUAGAUAUUUGACAGACUACCUCAUUACCCCUUGUUACUCUUAAAUUUAAUGCUAUGCAUUAUUGUAUAAUUUAUGCCUACCAUUUUGUUCACCUUUGUAAAUUUUCUACCUUUGAUUACCUGUUUUUUUCUCGUAACAUUAUUACAGUGUAUAACGUUACUUUUCUGCCUAGUACAUUGUCUGCCUCUGCUAACUACAUGUCUAAUAUGUCUAAUCUUAUUAUUGUGCUAAUUAUUAUUGUUACACUGCAAGAUAACUAUGUAUGCCCUUCCUGUUAUGAUCCCUGAUGGGAUCGACAGCAUGAAUAAAUAAAUAAUAAACAAUGAACCUGCACAGCUGAAAAGGAAGGAAAGUCCAAUAGCAGGGCUGCUGAAAAUGUCACCGUAUAAAUAUACUUUGCUUACCAACGAUACCUAUGGUUUAGUUGUGGUCUGUGUAUAAACUAAUUGUGUACAAAGUUUUCUUGUUUAGAAUGGUUUAGCAGAGAGGAAAAAAUGACCAUAAGAGCACCAGGUGUAUACAUAGUCUACACACGAAAAGCCACUGCUUUCUUAUAUAUUUUUUCUCUACUACUAUUCAUGAGUAUUUAAGUGCCGUAAUAGCAUGGCUAACACCCUGCUGCAAAACACAAAAUUGGGCAAGUUGUGGCAUAAAGAAAAUUGCAGCUUCAUAAUGUGAAACAAUGAUGCAGUAGCUGGUGAAAUAUGCGCAGGAAGCUUACUUCAUGCAGUGUUUCUUGAAGUGAACACUUGCCAAUGCAAGUCGCUAAUCUCCAUAAAAAAGUCAAAUAAGUAAGAUUCGUAUUUCUUCGUGGGAGUUGGGCCUCCCAGUGUUGAAGUGGAAGGACUUGGCUUAUCUUCCUCCUCUUUCAUAUCCGGACUUGGCCACUGGUCUACACCAAAAUAACCCUUUAGCUUCUUACAGCUGAAUUCGUUUUGGUUUUCUCAAAUCUAUAUUUGGGCUACCCAUUGCUAGGUCUCACGCUUAAUCAAAGAAUGAAUCUUUGAAAUGAAUCAAUUCUCAAAGAGCAUGUGCAGUCCAGCCAAAAGCAGGGGCAAGAAUCUGCAUUGUGCUCCUGCAUUGAAGGUGAUUAACACGUACCAUAAUGGUGAAUGUGCUUUAGUAAGCUUCCCUGCAAUAUGAAUUUGUAAUGCACAAAGAAUUGUCAAUGAAGCUUACAGUGAGCAUAGAUGCACUUGCAAAUUAUGUCACAAUUGAAAAUAAUGAGCACAGUGUAAACCUAUGUGCCCUUUCCACUCUUAGUAUGCUUUACUGCACAAUGCUUAUUUACACCCCGGUAAUGCGGUGUAGCAAGCUACAAAAGAAACUUUGCAUAAUUAGGCUUUUUAGGAUUAUCUUUCUCGCAAUACACUAAUAUUUCGCGGUGAAGCUUAAGCAAUGUACUGCGGUGAAGCAUACUAAAAGUGAAAAGGGGCCACUGUUACUGGACAUAAUAAGCGUUCUUUAAUUAUACACUCGCGCACCCGCCGCCUCUCAGGUCGCCUAAGUGGACAUACUAUGCUGGCUGAUAGCGGCCCCCUCCCACUUCUGCGGCGAAGAAGCCGUACAUUUGUAUUGAGUGAAUAAACAAAUGGUUUUUACAACAGUACAGAAAUAAACGCGCACCAUGCAUCCGUCUACCGCACGGAAGAGCGUCGCAACACACGGUAGCUGAUUCACACAGGCCGUGUAGCCCACUUAUCAGUCGUAAAGGGUAUUAUGGGUAAUUCAAAAUUUCAGACACACGUGUUUAUGUUUACGUUCGCACUCCUUGCGUAAUAAGACUCCCAGAACUUCCACAACAGAAAGUAAUUUACAACACACAAACGCAAAGAACACAGACGUAAGUCUCGUUUUCUAAUCGGCCGUCAUGCAAACGACAUAUAGCGCGGGAAAACUUCAACAUGCUGUGUGUUAGCGUCGUAAACUUCAUACUAGGCAAGGAGCUAGCACACCACAAUCCCGCGACAGUCGCUAAUGAGACCAAGACGGGAGCACAUGUCUGUGAACGCGCAAACGAAGCCCCUAAGCCACUCUACUCCUCCGCCACCCCCGCUACACGGCUGCACCACUCGUUUUAAGCACAGCACACCAAACGCACAUUCAGCGCUGAACAGUGGGCGGUCGACGCAGUUGCAUUUACAUGACUUGCAGCGAGCAGCACAUCCCUCGAUGUCCGUUAAGCAAAGUCGGACACGGCGACGCCACAUCGCGGGUCGCAGAACUUCGCUGCCGAGGCGCUAGGCCAGUUCGAUAUUUCAAUCGUCACCACCGCCGGGUUCUCAAGAAAGCACGGGUCACACAACGCAGAUUCUGUACUGCCAGAGCUCACCGAGGCCAAAGCCGCACUGCCGCACCGCCACUACUCACGGCUUUCCGCCAAGUAACACAACCUACAACCAACACACAAGCAACGCAAGCAUAAUCACAUGUGCAAUGUUGAACAACGCGCGGUCCAGAGACCGAUCACGCCGAGGACGAACACGCCGCGGCGUCGCUCGGCGCCAGCAUCGCGCCUUCUCAAAAAUCCCUAAACGAUGCUGUCCCUAGGCACCUAGGAUCAGGUCACGUGAGGGAUUUUUGUACAACAAAUAGACGCACGCCUGAGAUGCACAGACCUUCGCCCGACCCUGGCAGAGGGAACAGUGGCAGAUAUGGAAGGGGCACUAGGUUUUCCCGGGGAACGAGGGCAAAUAGACGAGAAAAGAGUGGCAGUAACGAAGGGGAGGCUAGAGGAUUGGUGGAGGAAGUCAAGGGAUAGAUAACACCAUAAAUCGGGGAGAUAAUGUUUCCUCUACUGUUUUAGAUAGUUAUUAUGGGGGGAGGAGGGGAGUGAAAACUAGAUUAAGGAAAAGAGGAUAUAAAGAAAAAAAAAAGAAUAAUAAUAAAAUAAGAGGGGGAGCAAAAGGCUAGGUGGCGCCAGCCGCCGCCCGUUACAAAGGGUAUAGCCGCCAUCCAUCCAUCCAUCCAACAAACUUAAACCACACCAGUCAGAACUCUGCCUAUUUUGGCAGUGUAGUUGUAUUUUUUGGAUAUUUCGUGCGCCCCGAUCAUCGCGAAUUUCGGCUACUGAGGGGCUGACUUCCUGUAGUUCGCUUCUUUGUUUUUUUCUACGUGUUUAGAAGCUUUGAGUUGCGGACAUUGCAGUGGGCCCGGGCUUGUUGACAUAUAUUGCCCGCCUGCCGGUGCUACCACAACAAUAAGCUGACUUCUGCUGAUUUCUUCUGCCUGCCCCUUAUAUUUGUUGCGCCCCCCCCCCAAGAUAUAGCCUGUCUCGUCCUUGUUUACUACAACUAGCCCAAAGUUCUGAUUCCUGCUGGUUUGCUCAGUCUGGCACUGGUGUGCCACACUUGUCCUGGAGGCCACGUGCGGACUUCUUGGCAGUGCCCCUAGAUGGCACAGGGCGUCCAGAAAGAAGAGAGGAGCCCCGUUGCCACAUGACGCGCCCCACAAAUGCAAUGAGCCUUGGUGAAUGCAUCGCUGUUGCUGUCGUGGCAUGCCAGGCCUCUUCCAAAGUUGUCGAUCAGGUCGAGGUUGGCACGCAGUGCAGCUUGCCUCUGGCUGACAAGUCUGUUGGGUGCUCCUUCAAAGCAUGGAGUGUGUUGAGGAGCAUGCAGACUAUGGAGACUGUGGAUCAGUCAAGCUCCACCUCAGCAUCAAGGCCCUCUAUUUCUCCAUCAAAGGCCGAGAGUGACAACUCACACCAGGGACGCCUCCACCACUGUCACCUCUGUGGUUAUGAGACCAAUAAGCUGUGGUGUCUGAAAGUACACACCAGGAUCCACACUGGCGAGCGUCCGUUUGAAUGCCAUUUGUGCACUAAGACUUUCUCACAGAGGGUCAGCCUAGACAGGCAUCUGCGUGUCCACAUGGGGAGGCAUCAUGACGUCCCACCGACAGUAAAACAUGAGGAGUUGCAGCAUAGCCAACUCUACCAUUGUGAAAGUUGCAACUAUGCGACUGCCAGGUUGUCCGCUCUCAUUAUACACAAGUGCAGACGCAUAGCAUCAAGGCCUUCUCUUUCUGCAUCAACAGCCGAGGGUGACAAACCACAGCAGGAACGCCGCUACAGCUGUCAAUUCUGUGACCAUGAAACUAAGAAUCGGCGAGAUAUUGAAAAACACACCAGAGUUCAUACGGGCGAGCGUCCAUUUAAAUGUCAUUUCUGCCCUCAGAGCUUCUCACAAAAGACCAAUUUAAACAAGCAUUUGCGCAUUCACACGGGUGAGCGUCCGUUUAAAUGCCAUUUGUGCCCUCAGAGCUUCUCACAAGGACCCACCCUGAAAGGACACCUGCGCACCCACACAGGCGAGAAGCCAUUUCAGUGUCCUUCAUGCUCUCAGAGUUUCUCGCAUAAAACAAAUCUGAACGUACACCUUCAAAUCCACACAGGCAAAAAGCCAUUUCACUGCCCCUCGUGCCCUAAGACAUUUCGGAAAAGUAGUGAUUUUAACAGGCAUCGUAACAUCCACACGAGUGAGAAGCCAUUUCAGUGCCCUUCGUGCCCCCAGAGUUUCUCACAUCAAACUAGUUUGAAUGUACACUUGAAAAUCCACACAGGCAAAAGACCAUUUCACUGUCCCUCGUGCCCUAAGGCAUUUCGGAAUAGUGGCGAUUUUAACAGGCACCUGCGCAUUCAUACGGGUGAGAAGCCAUUUGAGUGCCCUUCGUGCCCUCAGCGUUUCUCACUUAAAACCACUUUGAACGUACACCUGCGCACCCACACAGGCGAGAAGCCAUUUCAGUGCCCUUCAUGUACUCGAAGAUUCUCACAGAAGAGUGCCAUGAAGCGACACCUGCGCAUUCAUACAGGUGACCGACCACACCGCUGCACCGUCUGCUCUAUGUCUUUUGUGCGCGCUGAUUACUUGAGUGAGCAUAAAGAAAGAAAGCACCCUGAUACUUAGAUUAUGUCAACAGCCAUGUUGAACUAGCCUGAAUUAGGACUCUAUAGAACAGCAGCGAUAGUAAAAUGCUAGAUCACCUGCCUUUUAGCGGUAGGUCGUGGGUUCGAAUCUCGGUGUAGCUGGAAGCCCACUGGUUUUCCUAAUGGGUAGAGAUAUAAACAACCUAGCGCGAGGUCAUUGUACAUGUGUUCUUAUGUCGGGUUGGCGGCGGGACCGCGACACCCCUUUUUGAGGUUUUUUGCGCUGUUUUUCUUGGUUCUUGCACCUUAAGCGCACCGGUUUACGAACCUCUACCAAGCAAGGCACCCCUGAAAAGCCUCCCUUAGCUGAGUCGGGCCUCCUACACUUCUAACCUACACUUCUGACCUACACUUCUGACCUAUUUCGGAGGCAAGCGCACUUACUUCAUUAUUUUGACCCUCGUGUAUUCGGAAAAUCGGAUUAUUCGGAUUCGUUUUUUUGAUCCCGGCAGGCAGUAUGCAUUAUUUAAUGGAGUCGAACUCGUUAAUUCGGGCAUAUUUCGCCGCAUAUUGGUUAAUUUGUGUAACUCUCGGAGUUCGACGAGCGCUGGAAGGUGCGAUGCAGAAGAGCAGAAACGGAGCUAGCAUCCAACCGAAACGAAACGGUGGAGUCCGCAUCGCCAUAGCCAUCAGCGUUAACCAUAUAUGCGGAACGCUUCGUGCUUAUUUGUACCUUUAUAACGUUUAUUCUUGGGUUAAUUUUACUGCAGCCCAUAGCAAUGCAUUGCUCGCGCGCUUUCUUAGCUGCGUUGUGGCCAUCCAUCGUCGCAUCGACAGCAACCACGAUUUCGUCCGCAGAAGUGGCGGCAAGCAAUAGUUUUGUUCGGACACAGUGCGCACGUCGGCCGUGUGCUUUCCGAGCUGCAUGGUCCCAGUCUGUGACCGCAUUAGUAGCGAACACUUCUUCACCUGCAGCUGUUGUGGUAAACAGCAGUUUAGGUUUGACUCGGCGCGCGCGUCGGCCGCGUGCCAUCAGAACUGCAGGGUUGCCCUCCAUGUUCGCAUCGAAAGCGACUGCAGUUUUGUCCGCAGCAAUUGCGGCAAACAAGUUUCGUCUUGACUCGGUAACAACGGCUGCGCGCGCAGUGUCGCAAACACAGCGGCAGCUGUCGAGGAUCAAGAGCGCCGGCUACAUGGCGAAGGACGGACGAUCUGUUGGCGGCCAACUUGCUGGCGAAAAAAAUAAUUGGGAUGUGCGCGCGGUAGUCAAAUGCGUGUCUCAGAUGAAAACCUGGCCGUGCUGCGAAGGAAGUCGCGAGGAUUGCCGCUGCGAGCCCUGAUCAGUCAUGAGAUGAUAAGAAUUGCCGCCUUGACGCUGCAUUUCUGCAAGAUACAAUUGGGAUUUGUCAAUUAAUUUAGUAAAUAAAAGCGUGUUGCCGUAGUAA